AAAAUAAAAAAAAAAAUUAAAAAGAAGGUGGGGGUGUGAAGCGCUGGGGGGGCAACCAAUAGAGUGAAGGAGGCUUGGCUAACCUUAGCCUCCCAUUUUCUCUCCCCCCAAUUCAGGGCUCUGACCAGUCAGUCGCCUUUGAUUAUCAGUUGCCAGCAGCCCUUCUCUUGGCUCCUUGACACGAGCUCCAUAUAAGGCAGCGAUCUCCAUAGAAACGUGUCAGUUUCAAUAGUAGUGUCAAAGUUCACUAUAUACAGACAUUCGCGCAGAUCCCCCUUUCGGAAACAUUGCUCUGCUAGGCUUCCCGUUUAAACGCAUUCAUUUUUUGGGUCUCUCGAUCUCUCUCUCUCUCUCUCUCUCUCUCCCCCCCCCCCUCCCCUUUCUUGCAUAUUCUAUUAGUUGUGUGCUUCCCCCCCCCUUCAUCUCCCUCUUCUCCUUCCUUUUCUUCUUUUUUCCACCCUUCCUCCUUGUGUCUUUCGCUUCAUUCCUGCAGGAGAAGAGGAGAGAGGUGAAACUAAAAAAAAAAAAAAAAAAAGAAAAAAAAUCUCGGAAAGAAAGGAAAAAGGGGAAAAAGCAGAGAGAGAGACGGGGAAAAAAAAAAACCCGGAGAGAGAGAGCGAACGCAUUCACAUCUUAAUACCGUUAUUAUUUUGACCAUUCCUGCCUAUUUUUUUAUUUUGGGGGAGGGCUUCGCUUCUGGCUGAUGAGUUUUUACCCGAAAUACUUUUUUUAGGCAAACAAACAAAAAAAAAAAAAAAAAGAACGUUUUGGGGGGCGAUUUCCACCGAUUUUUUUUAUUAUUAUUUUUUUUCCUCGCAACCGGCAUCGUGCACUCUCACGAGAGAAGAAGAAGGAAGGGGCAAGAAAGAGGAAAAGAAGAGGAUUUAUUUACCCGACCUACUUUGGAUCUCUCUUUUUCCUGCGCGUGUCAUUAUUAUUCCCGUUCUCUAUUUUUACACUUCGCCGUGAAUUCGUCUCCUCUGCGAAUUUAGUCACAUCCGAUUUUUUUUUUUCGAAUUUUUUUCUCUUUUUUUUUAAAAAAAAAAAAAAAGGAGAGAGAGAGCGCGAGCAAGCGAGAGAGACAGAGAGCGAGAGAGAGCAGCUCGGGAGAGAAAGAGCAGCGACCGGCAACCUCCUCCUCCUCCUCCUCCUCCGCCGCCGCGACAGGAGAUCAAACUGCCUCAGCUCCCCGCCCGCCUCCGCCGCGCUCCCCGGCUCCACCGCCCUGAAUGGCUGACGGCGCCCUGCCCUGGACCUGGCCCCCGGACACCUCCAUGCCCUGAUCGCCGGCGGACGGCUCCUCUCUGCACCUCCCGCCUUCCCGAGAGCCCCGCACCGGCACCGGCGGCUGCAGCGGCAGCGGGAGCAGCCUCCGCGGGAGCGGCGGCGGCCGGGCCCCGGCGGCGGCGAGCGGCGAGCGGCGACCUCCUCCUCCUCUUCCUUCCCCUCCUCCUCCUCCUCCUCCUCCUCCUCCUCCUCCCUCUCCUCCUCCUCCUCCUCCUCGGCGGCGCGGCGGUUUCCUCUAUGCCUGCACAUCCUCCGCGCUCGUAGCGCCCGGACCGCGUGUGCCUGUGCCCGUGCGUGUGUGUGCGUGUGUGCGCGAGUGGGGAGCCGUGUGCCUGCGUGUGCGUGUCCGGCGUGUGACUCUCCUGAAUGCCUCUCCCGACAGCCUUGUUUGCCGUUUCUGAUUUUGCAACUUGAAGUGGCGGCGGGGGGGGGGGGGGAGGGCGAGGAGAGGCGGCGAGGAGAGCGGGAGUAGAGGGGGGAAGCGGCCAGGCGGGGGUCUUUUAAAGAAGGGGGGGUAGUGCAGGAAAGGGAAGGGAAGGAAAGGGAAAGGGAGGAAGAGGAAAGGGAAAGGGAAAAAAAAAAAGAGAGAGAGAGAGAGAGAGGGAGAAAAUCCUCCGUUGCCCCCUCCCCCUCCCUAAAAAAAAAAAAAAAUAGCGAGAGCGCGAGCGAGAGGAGGGGGGCUCGCGGCGAAAAAUAAAUAAAAUAAAGAAAACGGCAGGAGCGGCUCCAGCCGGCAGCAGCGGCGGCAGCAGGGCAGCGGCGGCGGCGGCGGCAGCCGAGGCGGAGGCAGGCGGCAGGCAGGGUCCCCUCGCUCCCCGCUCGCCCCCGGCGCCCGGCCGGCCGCCUCCCCCCCGCCCCCCGCCUCUCUCCCCGGCAGCCCGCAGCGAGACGCGCCGCUCCCCAGCACUUUUUUGGGCCCGAGAUAUGGCAAUGGUAGUUAGCAGCUGGCGAGAUCCGCAGGAAGACGUGGCCGGGGGCACCCCGAGCGGCCCCAACCCCGCCGCGGCGCAGCCGGCCCGGGAGCAGCCGCCCCAGCAGCAGGGAGGCUCGGCCGCUCCGCACACCCCGCAGACCCCCAGCCAGCCGGGACCCCCUUCCACGCCGGGCACGGCCGGGGACAAGGGAACGGGCCAGCAAGGCUCGGGUCAGAGCCAGCAGCACAUCGAGUGCGUGGUGUGCGGGGACAAGUCCAGCGGCAAGCACUACGGCCAGUUCACCUGCGAGGGCUGCAAAAGUUUCUUCAAGAGGAGCGUCCGCAGGAACUUAACUUACACAUGCCGCGCCAACAGGAACUGUCCCAUCGACCAGCACCACCGCAACCAGUGCCAGUACUGCCGCCUCAAGAAGUGCCUCAAAGUGGGCAUGAGGCGGGAAGCGGUUCAGCGAGGAAGGAUGCCGCCCACCCAACCCAACCCCGGCCAGUACGCCCUGACCAACGGAGACCCCCUGAACGGGCAUUGCUAUCUCUCGGGAUACAUCUCCCUGCUGCUGCGGGCCGAGCCCUACCCCACCUCCCGCUACGGCAGCCAGUGCAUGCAACCCAACAACAUCAUGGGCAUCGAGAACAUCUGCGAGCUGGCCGCCCGCCUGCUCUUCAGCGCCGUCGAGUGGGCCCGCAACAUCCCCUUCUUCCCCGACCUGCAGAUCACCGACCAGGUGGCCUUGCUGCGGCUCACCUGGAGCGAGCUUUUCGUCCUCAACGCCGCCCAGUGCUCCAUGCCCCUCCAUGUGGCCCCGCUCCUGGCCGCCGCCGGCCUCCACGCCUCCCCCAUGUCGGCCGAUCGCGUCGUCGCCUUCAUGGACCACAUCCGCAUCUUCCAGGAGCAGGUGGAGAAGCUGAAGGCGCUGCACGUCGAUUCGGCCGAGUACAGCUGCCUGAAAGCCAUCGUGCUCUUCACCUCAGAUGCCUGCGGCCUGUCGGAUGCUGCGCACAUCGAGAGUCUGCAGGAGAAGUCUCAGUGCGCGCUGGAGGAGUAUGUGCGGAGCCAGUAUCCCAACCAGCCCAGCCGCUUCGGGAAGCUGCUGCUGCGGCUGCCCUCAUUGCGCACCGUCUCCUCCUCCGUCAUCGAGCAGCUCUUCUUCGUCCGCUUGGUAGGUAAAACCCCCAUCGAAACCCUCAUCAGGGACAUGCUACUGUCGGGGAGCAGCUUCAACUGGCCUUACAUGUCCAUCCAGUGCUCCUAGAGCCCGUCCCGCACCCCCGGCGGAGAGGCGGCGGAGCAGCGGAGGCGGGAGCGCUCGCACCGAGGGGCAGUAGGGGUGCGGGGGGGGCCCGGGAGGCGGACACUGAACAAAAGAAAGGGCCGAGUAGGAGCAGAGGUGUGGCCGUGGUGGGGAGAAGGACGGACCUCGCGUCCGUGGAGGUUGUGGUGUUUCGCUUAUUUUUUUUGUUUUCUUUUUUUUUUUUUUUUUCGGAGAGGAGGAAAAAUAAUAAUAAUAAUAAAAGAGACAAAAAAAAAGGCAAAAAAAAUAUUAAAAAUAAAAAAACAUACAAAAAAAUGAGUAUUGAGGGGAUAUUAAUCACACCUGAAGGGGAUACUGGAUCUUCCAGGAUUUAUUGUGGACUGUUGUUGAUAUAUGCUGUACAGUAACAAACAAAACAAAACGCGUUGAAACUGAACUGAACCUUGUGUAGAAUGAAAAAGAAAAAAAAAACAACAACAAGCAAGCAAGCAAACAAAAAGAUUCCACGCGCAAACACUUACCACGAGCAUUGUUACUCAUUUUGUAAAAUAUUAGUCUUUAUUUUCAUUUUUUGUAAAACUUACAACAUCGUAUGCGCAUAAAGGAAAAAAAAAAAAGAAACGAGAAUUAGGGGAAAAUAACAUUUUCCAAAUAAUUAUAAAAAAAUUGUCCUGUGUCUAUGUAUCUAUAUCUGUUUUGUAUUUUUUUCUGGUUCCAAACCAGGUUUCCUGUGAUUCUAUACUAAUAAUUUUUGAUAUAACCCUUUGCUUCUUAUAAUGAGUGCGAUAUAUGUUGUCGAAGCUGUUCUUCAAGAAUUAAAAUUGAAGUGAGAAUUUAAACAAAAAUAAAAGGAUUUAGCAAAAAAAACCCAACUUAUCACCCCACAA